AUGGCUUCUGCAACAGUCUUUGGAGCCAAGCUGAGGACUUGGAUGUCCAGGAUGAGGGGGGGACAAAGCAGCAGCAGUGGCAGCAACACAGGCAGCAACUCCAAGGACUCAAGUCCAUCAAAGUCAGAUGGGCUGGACAAGGUGCCCAAGCCAGUGUCCAGGAAGAAGAGGAAACUCAACUGCAUGACAGUGUCCAGCAGCCAGAGUUUUGACAGGAUAAGACACCAGUUGUGUGAUGAGGAGAUGAGGGGCCCUGAGCACCUUCACCACCAACACAACAUCCACCACCACCACCACCCUUGGGAUCCCUCUGGGUUCCACCCUGCUGUCAGGCCUGAGGUGGCCAGGAGACUUUUCCAGGCUCCAAGGUCUGUCAGUUUGAGUUCACCAGAGAGUGCUUAUGGAAGUGGGAACUCAGAAGACAGUCUGACCCCAGCAUCCCAUCCAGACAUGCUGCACCAGUUCCCAGCCAGACAGUAUUACCCUCUGCAGCGCCAACCACACUCUUACUCAUCCCUGAGAGUACCCAACCCUGUGGACAGGCCCAAGAUAAAGACCAAUCCCUGGGUCUCCUUCCAAGUACCCCAAGAGGACCAGCAGAGCCAGAAGCAGACUGUGGCCAGGACACAGUCCUUGUUGCUCAGGGACAAGCCAUUGGCCUCUACCAAGAGGUGCCAGAGUUUCAGGAGUGGUGUCCAAGUGUUCCCUCAGUCAGUGCUCAACAGGAUUUCCAGUGAGUCAGAGUCUGACUGGGAUGAGAAGGACCAGCCAACAUCUUCUAUUGGUGCAGUGUGUGGGUCAUCCAAACUGAACCAGACUCUGAGCUCUCCAAUGAAGUCCAUGACAUUUGCUGGGGAUGUGGGCUUUGCUGCCAGGGUUGCCAAGAAAGUGCAUUGCCCUCAAUGCUUCCUCUUGGCUCACCACCAGCACAACCAUCAUCAGCAGGAGUGUGACAAGAGGUCCAGUAGGACAAUGGUCAAGCCUGCUCUGGAUAGUCCAUUGUGUGCUUACUGCAGGUCCUGGAUCUUGGAUGAAGAAGAAGACUCCUCCACAGAUGUGGACACAGACUCAGACUUCAAUGAUGAAUCAGAGUCCAGCAGUGGCAGUUCCUGUUCCUCUGCCACACAUUCCAGGAGCACCAGACGCAAACUGGAUCCAACAGCCCAACAACACCAGCAGCAACAACGCCAGCGACGCAGGCGCCAGUGGAGGAAAAGGGCGCUCCAGCAGCAACAGGCGCCACCCACGGUGCCACCGCGUCGCCACCACCUGCGGAACCACCACUCCACCAUUUCCAGGGAACUCUCCACAUCCUGCUCCAGUUUCCAAUUUGAGCCUGAUCUUGUUUUAGUGUCUGCUGAGAAAAAUAACAACACCAGCAGUGAUGAUGAUGUGGGCAGUGGGAAUGGCAACACUCUUCACACCACAGCUUCAACAACAACAAAAACUAUAGGGGAUGCCAAAAAUGAUGACUCCUUGGGCUACAAAACACUGCUGACAUCCAUGGAAGCACUCAUGGCCAAGUUUGCAGAAGAAGAAGAGCAGGAAGAGGCAGAAGAACAAGACAGGUCCAAUGGCAACUUCCUCAGAAACCCAACAACAACAACCACAACCUCUUUCUUCCCACUCAAGACACCAUCUGGUGGUGGUGGUGGUACCAGCAACCCAGAGACAGCAGCAACCACUCCUGGUUCCACUGCACCUUCCAGACUGACAAGUUUCAGGAGCAGAUACACUGAAGAACCCUUGGUCAAGUGUAGAGUGGAUGAAGACAUCACCACCAGCAGCAGCAGCAGCAAUAACAGAGGUGCCAUGGAGUUGCUUCAAGACAGCAUCACCCAGAUGGCGCCAGUGAUGACAUCUGGCUCUGGGUUGUUGUUACCUGGGGACAGGAGAAGUGUCAACAGCCUUGAGGAAAAACUCAAGAAGCUGAGACAAGAAAGAAUGUUGUUGGAGGCCAAAAUUAGGGAAGCUAGGGAUGAGGACAGGCGUAGAAGGAAAGACAAAACCAGCCUUUAGAAUAAAAUUUUGAUACACCCUGUGUUUGUUUCUUUUUUUGGGUGUGUGGUGGAUGAAUUCAGCAAAGUCAAAAACAAGUAUGGUGCAUUUUUUGGGUUUUUUUUGCAAAAAAAAUUGAGCGAGAAUGAGAAAUGUCAAGUUGUGGUUCUUUGUCUUUUGAGUCAUGUUUUUGCCUCACCCUGUGUCAAGUGUGGGGGGUAAUAAAACAAAACCAAACCAGCUUUUUGGAGAUGCUCUUUUUUGUUUUUUUGCUUUUGGGUGGUUGUCCAUCUCUCCCACCCUCAAAAGUGGGCCAUGGAAGCAUAGGAUGAAUAAUCCCUUUCAGCACCUCAGGAGAUCAAUGAAGAGGAUCCCCUGAUCCCUUGCCAGUGUGUGUAGGGUGUUCCAUGAACAUGGCUUGACAUCAGACCACGUGACCAAUCAAAGACAGGACAAUUGGAGACAUUCCCAAAUCAACUCUGCUGAUGCACACACAAUUUUUUUGCUUCCCAAGAUUCUUGGUGAAACUUGGGGAAUUUUUUAUUGCACUAACAUUUUUGGUUUUCUUGAGAUUCUUAGGGAACAUUCUAUUGCA